UUGACAUCCUGCUAAAGGCUGUAGGAGAUACCCCUAUCAUGAAAACAAAGAAAUGGGCUGUAGAGCGAACCCGAACCAUCCAAGGACUCAUUGACUUCAUCAAAAAGUUCCUUAAACUUGUGGCCUCAGAACAGUUGUUUAUUUAUGUGAAUCAAUCCUUUGCCCCUUCCCCAGACCAAGAAGUUGGAACUCUCUAUGAGUGUUUCGGCAGUGAUGGUAAACUGGUUCUACAUUACUGCAAAUCGCAGGCGUGGGGAUGAGCCGCAGAUGAACAACUUGAUAUCUUCACAGAAGAAAAGGCUCAGAGAAGUGUUGAUGCUGUGGGCAGAGACUUAGUGGCUAUCCAGUACUCAGCAUGAAUCUGCCUUGAAUUGUGCUUAUGUAUAAGAAAACAUCAUAGAGUAAAUGGACUAAAAAAUGAGAUUUUGCCACCAUAAAAUCAUGAAAGAUUAGUUACCCUCACACAUUCCUGUUUCAGAUCUGUCUCCAAGGUUAGGAAGGGGACUAGAACUCUGUUGUUGUGGUUUUCAGGAUGACUGAAGUUCUUUACUUGUGGAGUUGGCACUGUGUUGUUUCCAUGGUAUAAACUAAUUCACUGAAGAGUUUGUAUUUUGAGGUAGGUUUUUGUUUUGUUUUGUUUUUUUUUUAAACUUAUUCAGGGAACCUCUUGUUUGUUUAGAAUAUGGAAUGUUUACAUUUAUUUGUGUUGCCUUUGGAAACCAAGUGCACUGACUUGUCUCCAUGUCUUAAGUUAUCCAGUAGAGGGCAGCCCAGUUGGCAAAAAGGUUUGACAGUUUUGACAUCUUUGCCAGGUGAUUGGAGGCUGUUGAACCUAAGUUCUAGUUAAUGUGUAAUCAGCAGAGCAACUAUGUUGACAGACUGGAAGAGUUGGAGGAUGCGCAGAGUUUAAAAUUAAUCAUGCCGGGAAACAAUUUUACGGAUUGUGAGCAAAUGAGUCCUCAAUGCUUUUCAGUCUAUCAUUUAUGAUUCUGGAGCUUCAGCCUGGGUAUCGUGAUCCACACUUGUAAUUUCAGUGCUCAGGAAGCCUGGGAAGGAGAAGGAUCAGGAAUUCAAAACCAGACUGGACUGCAAAGAACUUAUCGCAGACAGAUUCUUCCCCCACCCAUUGUGUUCCCACUGUCAGUUACCAGUGUCAAAGGAAUUGACUUAGUAAACCAGCAGCAGUGUCAGGCUUUCAUUCAUCCCAACCCUCAUUUGUAAUCUGUGUGUUUUUAAAAGUUUGUGUUUUUGCUGUGCUGGAGAUCAGCGCCUUGUUGCCCUCGAGGCCAGAGCUCUGCACAGCUGUGUCUCCAGACACUCACUAAGUGUUUCAUACUAUGUUGUCCAGAUUGAAAGCAUUCAAAGACAGUGUUUUAAAAUAGCAUCCAAUUUUAUGCAUAUUUCGUGCCAUCACAGAAAAGAGUUUGACUGUCGUUGGGAUCAUAGACUGGUUAUUGCCUGAAGUGAAAUUUAACUUCUUUUUAUAUGUGCCGUAUUUGUUAUAUUUUGUUUGUUUUGUUGUUGUUUGGGCUCUGCCUAGACUGGAACUCACAGAGAUCUGUGUGCCUACCUCUGCUUCCUGAGUGCUGAGAUUAAAGGUAUGGACCACCUCGCCCAACUCCAUACGUGUCUAAAUGUAUUCCAGCCAGAAGUAGACAUGGUAGUGCACACUUAUGUGCACUAGCUUUCAUGAAGCUGACAGUUGAGACCAUCUCAACAAAACAGGAAAUUAAUCCUUCCCUCCCCUCAAAAAAAAAGCAUCCCAAUAAUUUAAAUGUCUAAAUAGAUUACAGGAUUUGAAGUAUGUCAGAAUUCCAAGAGUUUGCUUUCAAAAGUGAUGAUAGAAAUGUGUUUUUUUUUAUCCCAAAAAAAAGACUUGAACUAUGCUCUUUUCGUUUGUUUUUAGACAGGCUGUGUAACUCAGGCUGACCUCCUCAGGCCUCUGGGUGCCAGGCUUAUGUGUGCACCAUUGCACCUGACUCGUUUUUAACUCUUAAAUUCUCGAAUGUGCUUUACAGUAGUCCUCAGCCAUGUGAACCACGGGAGAUGCUGCUGCGUAAUAACACAGCACAGUGCUGUUCACUUCUUGUUUCUGCUCAAGAAUGUGAGUUCCAGGUGUCCUCUUUAUGAGCAUCGCCUUGGAGGGAGUUAAAUACAGGUAACAGUUCACAGAGGAGUGAUAGUGAGUUACACAAAAUGUAGGCUCAGGAAGACACCUGACAUUCUAAAGCCGGCAAGUACUGACUUAGGAGCACAGUCCUUUGGAUACGGAAGAGAUGUGCUUUACCUUUGCCCACUACGAGGUUGCUGUAAGAACACAACGGUAGAUAUUUAACAGGGAAAUGUGUUGAAUUUACUGUUUGCUGAAGUUCCAGAUGACAGAAUGCUUAUUACCUCUAUGAAAUCAAAAAUACUUGAGUUUGAAUUUGUCAUUUUUUAUCAAAAUAAUUUAUUGCCAUAUUAAAUCAAGUUAACUAAA